AAGCUUCAGCCCACAACUUGCGCAUGUGCAGUUCUAGCCGUCAGCAAAGCUUAACCUACACUUUGCCCAGGCGCAGAAUUAAUAUUGGGCCUUUUUUUUCCGCUCCCCCUGCCCCUCCCGCGCCGUGAGACGCAGAGUAUUCUGGGAACGCCCGACACGGAAAUGUUUUCUUUCGACGCUGCGUAGGCCUGUGGGCGCUUGGCUUUUCUCUCUGUGGCUUUGAGAGUUAGCUUCUCGUGAACCGUUUGUCAAUAUGUGUGACGCACACGAGGGUAUGCAGUAUGAGGAGGAGGAGGAUGAAAUCCCCCAUAUUUGUGGCAAGAGGCAUGCUAGAUUGUAAUCAGCCAAGAUAUUUGCUGAAGUUUGAACAGCUUUACCUCUCCAAGCCCAUAAGAGAUGAUGCUGCUUCACCAGUGUUGCCACGUGAAGCCAGAUUAAGAAAUCUCACAAACAGUCAUUAAAGAAGGUGAAGAACAACUUCAGAUGCAGCAUCAGAAAACCUUUAUUGGUAAAGUUCCAGUUAUGUUGCAUUCAAUUUACUGUCUACUAAAUGGCUUAGCAGAUCAUGAUCUUUGUGAGUUACAUGGAUGCCUCUUGGAUCCUGAUGGCUACUUCGUUAUUAAUGGAUCAGAAAAGGUUCUGAUUGGUCAAGAGAAAAUGGCAACAAACACAACCUUUGUGUUUGCCAAAAAGGAUUCUAAGUAUGCCUACACAGGAGAGUGUAGAUCAUGUCUGGAGAAUUCUUUUGACCCACUACCUGGGUUAGCAUGCUGGCAAGAGGAGGACAGGAAAAGCUGUGAAGACCAUCAAGCCCCAAACAAUAAAUUCCUGCUGGAGAAAACUGUCCAGAUGUGCGCGACUUCACAGGAUUUAGGACAGAACCAAUCAAGGAAAUCAGGAAAGAGAUUGCAGAUAUGGCAAAAAAGGUUGGCGGUGAAGGGUUUCAAGAUAGGGAUCUUAGAGAAAUUCAAGAGCUAAUAGACAAGACUUCCCUGGUGGUCCAGUGGUAAAGAAUCCGCCUUACAAUGCAGGGUUCAAUCCCUGGUCAGGGAACUAAGAUCCCACAUGCA